AUGAGGGAAGUCACACCUGACUCCACAGCUGGGGCCCCGCGUCCAGCACCAGUCGCCACCACCAAGUGGAGCUGCAAGGCACAAGGGGGCUGGGACUGCCGCUCACCUGCUGCAGUCCAAUGGACCUACAGGCUACACAAACAUGAGGAUAGAGGAAAGCAUUACUGCGCCCCGUCGGCAUCACCACGCGCAGUUGGGGUUCAAACCCCGGCGCACCGCCUGGGCCCCUGCUCAGCCUCCCGGCCGCCCGCCCACGCGAGCCCCGGCGCCCGCGCCACCCCUCGGCGCGACACGGUUUUCGCCCGCCCUCCUUCCUCCGCUCAUCCUGCUCCUGAAGGUUGUGUGAGAAGUUCACGGCCUGGACAGGAUUGUCGUCUUCUCACGUCCCCGAGCCCCUUGGCUAAUCCCCGCAUCCCGUGCGCCCCUCGGCCCCCCAAGCGCCUCGCUGACCCCACGCCCGCCCCGGAGCCCAGCGCUAAGCCGUCCCGGCGCCUCUCAGGGCCCACACGGCGGCCGCCUCCUUGCCUUCCCUCCGCGGACCAAACGACCCCAGGGCUCGGCGUCCAGCCCCCAGAGGAGCAGAGGCUGCGGGACGCGCGGAGGCUCGAGGUGCGGAAGUUGGGCGCGGGGCGGGGGUGGGGCGGCGACGGGCGGGCGGCGACCUGGGCUCCAAGGUAA